GCUCCACAGAAGAAGGAGAAGUAGAUCUGACUGUCCAGAGAAUUUUGCCCCCGUAAAAUAUCUUUCAGGCUAAACAUUUUCUUAAAUUAGAAUGUUUUUUGUUUACAACUAGCAUUAUUAAUUAGAGAGAACUUUUAUUUGCUACUUGAUUUAGUUCAAAUUUUAGGCGAGCACUUUCUGUAGGUUAAAGUGUGGUACGUUGAAAUGAACGUUUUGCCUGUAAGACUGUACAGAGGGAUUUACUAAAACAUUCAUGCGCGGGUUUUCUGAAGCAAUAUUUAUCUGCGCCAUUGUUUUGCUAGUUUACGUCGUCUAAAAUGUUAUCCCUUUCUCCUCUGGCUAUUAAAUUGUUUUAUUCUCGUAUUUUUUUUGAGUGACCGCUCAUAAAAGCAGUCGAGUGGAAAUUUUUGAUUAGGAAUUAUAGCUAACGUCAAAUGUAAAGGAAGAGCAGAUUGACGUUGACGUGGAAACUUAAAACAAAUACAGGCAGGCCAAUGGAAGCCAAAUAUCCUACUCUGGUGAGACCCAGGAGGAAACUCUGUUACAUUUCAGAAAAGAAAAGGCAGUCUGAUCAGUGGAAGAAAUUGGUCACUCUGGAUGAUGUUGACAAGAUGUUUGAUGACAUUGCCGAGCCACAUCUGACUACUGUUCUGCACCAGGGUUCUUAUUCAGCCUCAUACCGAAAUGACACACAAGCUUCCCCAGUCCUGCAGAAAAAACGUCCUGGAUGUCAAAUCGCUGGUCGCAUUCCAUGUCCCGAUGAAGAUUUCGUUGAUCCUGUUGCAAGACCACCAGACCCCCAACUAUACUCUUAUGUAAGUGUCCCAAUCAGAUGCCUUGACCCAGUGAAGACCUCCAGCCCAAUUGAACAGAACACAAAUAAGAACUGCAUCGAAAGGCCUGAAUACGGGUGUGUUGUGUCCCCGAUUUUCUUCAACAGUGAAGAUGAGGAACCUCAAAAAGACCCUCUACCCGCCCAGAAACCUCAGUGCACCGGACAAGUGACAGAAAAGAGGGGUGACGCUGCUGAUGCUGAUGAGGGUUUAUUGGAGUCUUCUCCAAAAGUAGAUGUUCAAUUGAAGAAGACCUUUAACAAAGUGAUGGCAAAAGCAACAGUCAUGGACAACACAAAGCCGUCUGUUUCAGCAACGAGAAAGCAGCCUAAACCUGCAUCUGCAAAGAUGGCCGACACACGGCCUCCUGCAGAGAAACCGGCACCUUCUGGAAAAGACAGGAAUGCGUUUCUGCAGAAGUUAAAACAGGCUAUGCUGUCAAACCCAACAUCGAAUACUCCAGUGAAAGCGUCGCCUUCUGCGCCUCCUCCCGAGCCUCCUCCUGAGCUGGAGGAUUUUCUGAUUCUGGAAGACGAUGCACCUCUUUACAUCACCAUCCCGAGUAGAAGUGCCAAAAACAAAAGAAAUCAACUGAACAAGACUUUCGGCUCUGGGAAAGAGAACCCGCCGGAAAAGGGAUCAGAGGAUUUGCCGCAGGAAGAGCAGGAAGUGGAAAAGGCCGCCAACAAAUGGGAAACUCGGGCUGAGAAUGAAAAAGUGAAGAAGAGGAGGAAGAAGGGGAAAGUGAUUGGGUCCGAUGAGGAUUGUGAUGGUUUGACAAAUCCAGAGGAUCCUCCUGCUGGUGACUCGAUGGAGCGAAAGCAGCCAAAGAAGAAGAAACAACAACGGAGGAAGGUUUCAUUAAAAGAGGGAGGCGAGGAGGAGGAGCUACCUGAAGAUAGAGUCGAUGUGGAAACGGAAAAAGCCUCCCUUAAAUCCAAAACUAAAGCAGCGAAGUACAACAAACAGAUCCUUUCCUCUGAGGAUGAAGAAGAAAUCCCAACAAAUAAAACAUUAAAGGACAGAAAAGGACUUCAGGCUCCUAAAGCUGUGAUGGAGGAGGUGGAGGCUGAUGUAGAGGAGCAGAGGGACGGAGAGCCUGCAGGUGAUGAAGAUCUGGGAUCAUUUACAGCAGAGAAAGAAGUUCUAAAAGCCGAAGAGAAUGAAAAACGUAAACAAAAGGAACACUCGAAUAAGUCCGGGGAGAGUUCACAUGAAGAAGUCCGGGCUCUUGGGAAAAGGAGAAGGAAACCGACCGAUGAAUGGUGGCGGAUCUCUGGAAGUCCCAAGAAAACGGAACCCCCUCAACCGCCCAAGAAGUCCAAACAGAAAAACUCCAGCAAAGCUCCUCCUUCAGCCGCGGCGGCCAAGAAAACAAAUCAGAAACCACCCGCUCACACGGCCACAGCUACUGGGAAGCAGAGGAGGAAGGCCACGAGAAAAAAGGAGGAACGGGUCGAAGAAGUGGAUGAAAUUGACACAGCUGAGGCGGAGCAGGAGAUCCCUGAUGGAGGCCUGGAUCAGGAGUCCAGCCCCUUGGUGCUCAGUCGCAGAGACAUCAGCGUCAGUUCGGGAGCACAGAUGUUCCAGAAGGUCUAUCAUAGCUCCUCCACCGACAAACCGGCCGCCCCUCCCACAUCUCCCGUCGCUCCCAAACCAGCUAAAGAUCCGCUGAGGGAAGCAGAGCCAGCCAAACGGAGGAGAAAGCAUCCUGGGAGCUGGUGGGAAGUUCUUUCUGCUGAUAAUUCAGGAGGCACCAACUCCUCCUCACAGCCUCAGCUGCCUUCUCAGGAGCCCAAAUCUCAGAAAGAGCAGAAGAAGAAGUCCAAACAGAGGAAAGCUUCUCCUAAAGUAGGGAAAAGGGCAUCAGAACCACCAGGGGGGGCUCUGGUGUCUCCUCUGAAGUGUCUCGUACCUUCAAGGACAGUCAAAGACACCCCGGCAGCGUUAAAAGACAUUUUAACUUCAGGUGUAAAUACCCCGGCUGUGUCCGCUGCGCAUCAGAUUAGCAGCCCUGUCUUGAUGCCGCGUCCCGCUGAGACGGCCUUUGUAACACACAGCAGUGCUGCUCCAGAUGUGGGCCAUCACAGCCACUCACAGCCCACCGCACCACACAGAAAACGUCCGUCUGACGACACGUUAAGAGCCUGCAUGAGUGGACCGUCCUCCAUGGUCGACAUGGAAAACUCUGAGGAAAUGGAUCUGCCAUCUAGAGCCCAGAGCUUUCUGUCUGCAGCAGCUCUUUGUGCUCCUCCUCUCAAACCGCUGACCCUACACUCCAACGACAGGGCCAAUCUGGCCGAGUGGUUCCAGACUCUCUGGUCCACCACGGCUCACGAACCUGCCGCACUUACUCCAGACCAGUUUCAGUGGUUCUUCCACCAGAACCGAGCCUUGGGUAUCCAGGUGGACCUGAACAGUUCCUGCUUCUGUUCUGGGAAGAUCCUGAUGGGCUCCUACAUGAAGAAGCCCCUCUGGGUGGAUCACAGUGCAACAACAGUGUUUCAUUUAUUAACGAGCUCCCUGAGCGUCACCGUCAACGGCACCGUGUCCCGCUACAGGUCCGGUCAGGCUUUCUCUGUGGAGUGUGGACAAGCCUACAGCAUCCAGAACACCCUCUCUCAGCCCGCCGUUCUGAUCUUCAACAGGAUGUUGGCAGAAAGUGUGGAUUGAAUUUCACUUUUGUUUAAAUCGUUUCCAGUAAUUUUCUGUAAAAUUGAAGUUGUGAAUACAGAAUACUGACUUGUUUUUUCUUGAAAAUUUUAAAACCCAAACUGCGCUUCAUAUUGUUAGAUGGUGUUCAAGGAAAAUGUAAAAAAUUCAUUAUAAAUAAAGGUAAAAUGUUA